CCAAAAUCUAUAUUUAAUCUACUACUUUUUAAAAAAUCCGGACUAAUUUCUUUCAUAUAAUAGCAGAAAUUCAUCAAACGGGGACGCCUAACCUUCAAAUACCUGUGAAAUCCAUUAACGCAGCUAUAGAUCUAAUUGGAAUGACUGACCAAUUAUAUCCAGAUAUUAAAGUAACGCAGAGAAUAAAGAUUGCCCAAAAACUUCGUGAAAUCACCCAUUCCUUCGUCUCAACGAGUGAUGUUUUGAGAAAGCUGAGCAGUUCAGAGAGUGUCGCUUUAUUUCUACAACUGACUAUAUUUACAUUCGAUUUAACAUUUACCGUCUAUGUUUUGAUACAAAUGUUAAACUUUGAUGAUAAGUGUUACAAACAUAACAUAAAAAAAGUUGUACAGAUUGCUUGGUUUAUAUGUCAUACCAUUAAAAUAGUGUUGCUUGUGGAGCCAUGUUAUCGGACUCAAGAAAAGGUCUCCAGUACACGCUUUUUGGUGGCUCGCGUUAUGUGCUACGUGACCUCAGAAGGUGACCCUUUGCGAGAUGAAAUUGAUGAUUUUGUCAAACAACUAGCGCUUAACAAUUUAUCUUAUUCUGCUAUGGGAAUAUGCAACAUAGGUAGACGUAUUAUAUCCACGAUUAUUGGGAGCGUCACAACAAUUUUAGUCUUUCUGUAUCAGUUCUAAUGUGUUAAUAUGAGUAAC